CCUGUAUACAGCCCAGAGGCAAUUCAUAUAUAAAAGCCAAUCCCUUUCUCAACAACAAAACCCCCCUUCCCCUUGUAAUAUCUAUUUGAUUUUCGAAUUAAUUUAAUCACAUACUUAUAACAUAAUGGCCCCAAAAGCAGAAAAGAAACCAGCCUCCAAGGCUCCAGCUGAAAAGAAGCCAGCCGCUAAGAAGACCGCUUCUUCUGAACCAAAGAAGAGAUCUAAGACCAGAAAGGAAACUUACUCCUCUUACAUCUACAAGGUCUUGAAGCAAACUCACCCAGAUACCGGUAUCUCCCAAAAGGCCAUGUCUAUCAUGAACUCUUUCGUCAACGAUAUCUUUGAAAGAAUCGCUGGUGAAGCUUCCAAGUUGGCUGCUUACAACAAGAAGUCUACCAUCUCUGCCAGAGAAAUCCAAACUGCUGUUAGAUUGAUCUUGCCAGGUGAAUUGGCUAAGCACGCCGUUUCCGAAGGUACCAGAGCUGUUACUAAGUACUCCUCUGCUGCUAACUAAGCGCAGUUGCUUUUUAGUUUGUAUAUUAGUGUUAAUGAAUAUGAAGAACAUAAGAAAUUGUGUUGUAAAAAUAA